AUGGCUUCCCUUAAUGGAGAACAUUAUUUCUUAACAAUUGUUGAUGAUUAUAGCAGAUACACUUGGCUACACUUAAUGAAACAUAAGUCAGAGGUCAGAUCCACAUUUCAUAACUUCUAUAAUUAUGUCCUCACACACUUUGAUGCCAAAAUUAAGACUGUUAGAACUGAUGCUGGAAUUAACAUUUGCCAAAGGAAAUAUGCUUUGGAGAUCCUAAAAGAACAUGGUUUUUUGGAAGCCAAGCCAGCUAAGACUCCUGCUGUCACAAGACAGAAACUGAACAACACUGAUGGGAUUCCCAUCACACAACCUGAAGUUUUCAGAAGGUUAGUUGGGAAACUCUUGUACCUAACCAAUACUGGACCUGACAUCUCUUAUGCAGUCCAGCAACUAAGUCAAUUUGUGGAGAAGCCAAGAAACACUCAUAUGGUAGCAGCUCAUAGGGUGUUAAGGUACCUAAAAGGGGCACCUGGAAAAGGCUUGUUCUACCCUUCUAAUUCUCUUAUGAAAUUGCAAGGAUUUUCAGACUCAAACUGGGCAACUUGUGUGGAUAGUAGGAAAUCUGUGACAGGAUAUUGUAUUUAUCUUGGCAAUUCUUUGAUUUCAUGGAAAACCAAGAAGCAAGCUACCAUCUCUAGAUCAUCUUCUGAGGCAGAGUACAGGGCCCUAGCAUCCACAACUUGUGAGGUACAGUGGUUGUUAUUUCUGUUAGCAGAUUUGAAGGCAACAUUCUCUACUCCAGUAACUUUGUAUUGUGAUAACAACUCUGCCAUUGCUAUUGGUGAAAAUUUUGUCUUCCAUGAACGCACUAAACACAUUGAGAUUGAUUGUCAUGUGGUUAGACAAAAGAUCAAUGAAGGGGUUGUCAAACUUCUUGUUGUUUCUUCCCAGAAUCAGACUGCAGAUGGCUUCACAAAAGCCUUGCCUAAGCCCUUGUUUGACAAGUUCCAUGAUAAGCUGGGCCUUCAAGAUCUUCAUGCUCCAGCUUACGGGGGGUUGAUGAAGUAA